AUGCGAGGUCUAGUAGACUACGGCAGUGAUAGCGGUAGUGAGGCAGAAGAAGACAACACGCCAAAGGAUGACGAUGAUACGACGAACUCGCUUCCAACACCACACCCACCACUUCCUAAGGUAGAUGGACAGGCAGAUUCAUACUUUGAUGCCGAUGAUGUUUUUGACGGGUCAUCUUCUCUGAACUUACCAUCCGUUAUCGAAACUGGAGUGAGCUUAGCUGCCGAGGGAGAGUUAGAAGACAUCGUCAAGCCAAAAGAAUGGGAACUGAAAAUGGCUGAGAAGGAGAAGCGUCGUAGAGAGAAGAAGGCAAAAAGGAAACAAAAGAAAGAGAAGAAGAAGGAAAAAGAGGACGAAAAAAGUGCAGUGGAGACACUGCCGGUUAUCCAUGGAAAGCCAAAAGGCAAGGCAAAAAUUGCCGCUUUCGGCGCUUUGAGCGCUAUCGCUGACGGAGUCAGUAGCGACAGUGAUGAAGAGCAGAAAAGUGAGUCCGUAAGCGCACAAUCGAAGCCAAAAGGAUCUGGUCUCUUGGCUAUGCUACCAACUCCAAAAGGAAAAUCAAGAAUCAACCUUGGAAAUGUGAGCGGUAAAGGAAAUGGAGUCUUGCUACCACCGUCGUUAAGGAACAAGACGAAACCCACACCAGCUGUCAAGGUAAAUUUAGAGGGCUAGCU